GAAAACAUUGAGCUGAAGAAAAGAGACAAGAGCGCUCAGCCUUUGCUUCGUUCAGCGGCUGAACAAAGAACAUUUGACUAUAUACUGGUGGCCAACAAUGAGAAAAAUGACCCUGAGGAGAAUUCCCAGAAACGAAAGGCCUUCCUUCGUGUACUAGAACAGAAACACUUCACAAUCACAGAAUUACCUCAUGAGGACAAAAUAUUUUUUGGGCUUCGUGCUCCCAGUGAGAUGUUUGAAGACUAUCAGCAUCUGCUCAAAAUCUCUGACUCCUGCAACUUUUCUGAAGACGUGAAUUUCUCCCAGGCUGACCGGAUUCGAAUAGUUAAUUUCAUUCUCCGUGAAGAGAAUGUGAAGGACUUGAUUAUGCAUGGUGUGUUUGAAACCAUGUUCUGUCUUCAUGAGAAAACAGACCAGAAAGAGCUACAAACUAUAUGGGCUCGGUGGUCAGCUCUUUUUCAGCCACAAAAAUUUACAAAGAUCAGAGACUACUUUGGAGAGAAGGUGGCACUGUACUACGUGUGGCUAGGCUUGUACACUGCACUGUUGGUUCCAGCUGCAAUUUUGGGUGUUGUAAUCUUUCUCUAUGCACUUGCCUUUUUCAACACCAGUCCUCUCAUUCAUGAGGUGUGUAACUCCAACAUCACCAUGUGUCCUCGCUGUGAUAAGAAGUGCCAGGCAUGGCAACUUUCUGACACCUGUACCUAUGCAAAGGUCAGUCAUUUGUUUGACAACGAGGGCACCGUGGCUUUUGCCAUGUUCAUCGCAAUCUGGACCACACUGUUCCUGGAGUUUUGGAAGAGAGAAAGAGCCACACAUGUGUGCAAAUGGAGGGUCUAUGACUGGAAUGAUGAGGAGGAGGAACUGAUCAUGGAACUAGUAAAUAAUCCAGUUUGUAAAGCCAAAACAUAUAAACACAGUUAUUGGCGUAGCACUCUGGUCUUGAUCCUGAUGACUGUAAUGUUGAUGGUGAUCAUCGGUAUUGCUCAUGCUAUUGUGGUGUUUCGAGUGGUGGCUGCCCCCCUUUUGUCUGAAAGUGAGUGGAAGUUUUUGGAAGACUAUGCCAACAUUGUGGUCGUGCUGCUUGGAGCAGUGCUGCACUACAUCACCAUUCAGGUCAUGACCCGGAUCAACAAAUGGGUGGCACUCAAGCUCUGUAAUUUAGAGAAGCAUUAUUUAYCAGCAGACAGAGAGAGAAGUUUCACAGUCAAGAUGUUCACCUUCCAGUUCUUCACCCUCUUCUCUUCACUUUUCUACGUGGCCUUUUUUCUGGGCAGGGUAAAUGGUCAUCCAGGACACUAUGUGCGUAUUGCAGGGUAUAGACUGGAAGAGUGCCAUCCCAGUGGCUGUUUGACAGAUCUCUUCAUCCAGAUGGCAGUGAUCAUGGUGCUCAAACAGACUCUAAACAACAUUUUUGAAUUCACAGUUCCCUGGCUGAAGUUCAUUUUGAGCUUAAAGGCUGGAAAGAAACUAUGGAAGAAACGUAAACACCCCUGCAGUAAAAAAUAUCUUGAUGAUGAUGAAUGUGUUGAACCAUGUAAUGACUGCACACUUCGGGACUGGCUGAAAAACUAUCACUUGUCCAAAACCGAUUCCUUCAGUUUAUUCAAUGAAUUCCUGGAGAUGGUGAUCCAGUUCAGUUUCACCACCAUAUUUGUGGCAGCCUUUCCUCUUGCACCUCUUCUUGCUCUCAUCAAUAACAUCUUUGAGAUCCGCCUGGACGCCAUCAAGAUGGUCCGCUUAGAGCAGCGUCUGAUUUCCAAGAAGACCGAUGACAUUGGUGUGUGGUUGCAGGUGUUGGAGGUUGUUGGUGUGAUGGCGGUGAUUGCUAACGGUCUGGUCAUUGGAAUCACAUCAGACUUUGUUCCUCGCCUGGUUUACCGUUACCGUUACGGCCCGUGUGCCACCGGACUCGCAAACACACACUGCAUGGAGGGCUACAUCAGCAACACUCUGUCCACUGCCUAUAUGAGCAGUGACAACCAAGAUGAAUUUCUACUGCCAAAUCACAGUAACAUCUCUACAGCCAUUCCAUGCAGCUACAGAGACUACAGGACCGUGGAUGACAACUCUCUGACCCCUCAGUUCUGGCUGGUUCUGGCGGUACGCUUGGCCUUCAUCAUCCUUUUUGAGCAUGUUGUGGUGGUGUGUAAGUUUAUAGCAGCCUGGUUCAUUCCUGACAGUCCCAUUAAGGUGAAGAACGACUGUCGGACUGAUAAACUAAAACGGCUCAAAAAUGAGUUAAAGUCAAGGAAAAGCAAAUCUACCCAAGUCUGACUCCCCCUCUGGCUGAGGCAUCUAAAGAGAUGGAUUCAUGUUUAUUUUCUUUUACAUUUGCUGUUGAAUCACCAAAACGUGUUGUGGAAGGAUAUAAUUAGAAAAACAGCUUAUGUUUGUUUUACAUUUUGCUACAAAAAUAAGUAUUUUUCUUGUUAAAUGUUCAAAUUUUUUUAUUUUUCGAUGCACAUUUUGAACAGAUUUUAGUCCAAAGUUUUCACUCUCAGGUUACAGAAAAGUAUCU